AUGCCGACCCUUGCACGCAAGGUCAUCAUCUAUGCUGCUGUGGACGGCUUGAUCCUACAGCCGCUCUUAUCCAAAAAGGAGCAGAGAGCUAGCCCCCCCGUCAAGGUGCGAUACAGCGACAAUGCCAUAUUGCCCGCAUCUCGGGACCUUUGUGUCGACACAUCCAAACAAGCCACAAGCUUCGAAGCCUUUGGAAUCAUUGGUCUCAUCAGUCUGUCCAAGUUCAGCUAUCUCAUAUCCAUUACCAAGCGCGAGCACGUGGCAACUGUCAGAGGUUCUCCUAUCUAUGUAGCCACAGAGGUAGCUUUGACACCUUGUGCAUCCUACAGUGAUGCCAACGAAGCCGUGCGGAAGACAGCCCUACAUCUCCAAAGUAAACCCGCAAGUGACCCGGCCGACGAUGAAGACAGCAAUAGCAACAGCGGACAAGCCAGUGAUAGGGGUGACGCCGAUCCGUCUCUAUGGAUGACAGAUGAUAUCGAAGGCGAAGGGUCUUUCAGCGACAAAGAGAGUGCCAAGGAGAGGAAAGCGACCACCCAAGGCAGCAACGAUAUAAACAACAGCAUCGCUGAGAAUGUUAUCUCUCGAAGAGGCAGUUAUGGACGGUUCGCACAACGGUGGUUUAGCCGCGCUGGCUGGAUGCAGGAACAAAAGCGAUUGAUGGGGCUGACAGGAGACAACAAAGCGAUCGACAUCGAAGAGGAGGCCGUUGGAGACGAAAGCGCGAAGACAGACUCGGCACCAUCUAGAGACCGGCCAGAUGGGAAUUCCAAGCCAGAUCCAGCAUCAUCUGAGACACCUACAUCCGACACGUGUACCGAUACUUCCAAUGAUACAGUGCCUGGGACAGGGCCAUUGGCACCCUCGAUAGAAGCAGCAGAUGCUGUCCUAGCAAAAGACAGCGCGGUGGUCAGCUUGCUUCCCAAGCUACUGCGUACGACACAGAUGUUUUUCGGAGUAUCAAGGGCCUUCUACUUUUCAUACGAUUACGACAUCACCCGCAGCUUGGCAAAGCAGCCCAGGGCGCGUUGGAGCGAUAUACCUCUGCACAAGGUAGUCGACCCUCUAUAUUUCUGGAACCGCCAUAUCAUCCAGCCGUUCAUUGAUGCCGGCAUGGAUGCCCUUACCCUGCCUCUAAUGCAAGGGUUUGUGGGUCAGCGCUCUUUUGUGGUAGACAGUAACCCACCUCAGACAGACGACGAUGCCAAGGACUCGGUGGAGCUGAAUGACUUGUCGUACCGGUCAGGGUCAUCGCCGUUGAUGAGCGCGCGGACGUCGAGCGAAGAAGAGCAGCGGCCUUCUGAAAAACAGUUUGACAUCACACUGAUAUCACGGCGGUCGGUGAAACGGGCCGGCUUGCGGUACCUUCGUCGAGGCGUGGAUGAAGACGGCAACGUUGCCAACGCGGUUGAGACAGAGCAGAUCCUAUCGCCAUCGGCUGGCUACCAAGUGCAGGCUGUAGUGCCAUCUACACCAGAUCAUAAAGCAUACUCAUUCGUCCAGAUACGGGGCAGCAUUCCGUUGUUCUUCACGCAGUCUCCGUUCUCACUCAAGCCAGUGCCUGUGCUGCAGCAUUCGCCCGAUACCAACUUUGUGGCGUUGCAGAAGCACUUUGACGGCUUGCAACAACAGUACGGCAGUGUGCAGGUGCUGAAUCUGGUGGAAAAGCACGGUGUUGAGGCUGCACUCGGAACCAAAUACGAGGAGAACGUGUCGCGACUCAACGUGGAAAAUGACAAAGGCAAGACCAAGCAUGGCAUAAUGUUUGAGUGGUUUGAUUUCCACCAGGCAUGCAAGGGCAUGAAGUUUGAAAAUGUGUCACUCCUGCUGGAAAUACUGAACCGAAAGCUGGAAGAGCUUGGGAGCACUGUAGAAGAGAUCGGCCCAGACCCGAGUGGGAAUGCUGGAAGUACGGGGACUAUUGUGCAGCAGCAGAAAGGCGUGAUUCGCACCAAUUGCAUGGACUGCCUGGACCGGACCAAUGUCUGCCAGAGCUCGUUUGCCAAAUUCAUGCUAGAUUCGCAGUUAAAGGAGCAAGGCUAUGACAUGUUGCUGCAACACGACCAGGAAAACUCGUGGUUCAAUACGGUAUGGGCCGACAAUGGCGAUGCGAUUUCCAAUCAGUAUGCCUCGACAGCGGCCAUGAAAGGCGACUACACGCGGACGCGCAAGCGAGACUACCGUGGCGCAUUGACAGAUGCUGGUCUCUCCCUGACACGGUUCUUCAACGGAAUUGUCAAUGACUUCUUCCUGCAGACGACGAUUGAUUUUCUGCUUGGCAACGUGACGGAACAGAUCUUUGACGAGUUCGAAGCGAACAUGAUGACUAAGGACCCGGCUAUGUCGAUGCAAAAGAUGCGCGAACAGGCGAUCGAUCUCUGCCAGCGACGCGUGGUCGCAGACGAAUCGGAGGAAUUUGUCGGAGGCUGGACGCUUCUUGCACCGCACAACGCAGACGUGAGCUUGACGGCGCCGCCGUUUGAGGAGGUGGUGUUGCUUCUGACGGACGCAGCACUCUAUCUGUGCCGGUUUGACUGGAACCUGGAGAAGCUGUCGACAUUUGAGCGAGUGGACUUGGGACACGUGGAGCAGAUCAAGGUGGGCACGUAUGUGCUAUCGACAGUGUCACCGUUGCAGACGGACGAGGCACGCAACGUCGGGUUUGCGGUGUCGUAUCGGCCAGGACACAACGACAUCUUGCGCAUUAACACGCGGACGCUCUCGAACAUGUUCAUGGGCGACGGGGAUGGCGGGCCGGCGUCCAGCAAGGCCAACACGCUGCCGUCUAGCUUGGCCGAACUUUUGGGCAGACGGCAUCCGGAACUACCGCUUUCGAAGCGCAUGGCUUUCAAAGCUCUGUACACGGAUACCUCGCUGGCAACGUCGACGGCAGUAGCAGCCAAGGAAUACGGCGGGAAGCAGACGGAGAAGCAGCAGAUUGAGUCGAUCACGGCGGAAAUCGAGCGGCUGGUGCUGCUGUCCCGGACAGAGGCGACGGGAGGCCCAGAGCAGACGCCAGUCAUCGUCAGGGCAGACAUCGUCUCGCUGGCCGAGGCGCACAAGAGCACUGGGCUGCUCGGACAUUUGGGCCAUUCGUUGAAGAAGCUGGUCUGGGCAUAA